UCUCUCUCUCUCUCUCUCUCUCUCUCUCUCUAUAUAUAUAUAACAUGACCAAGAAUCCAAGAUUUAACCUCCCCACAAAUUCAGCUUGGAGUGCCAUGAUGGAGAUCAAGUCUUCAAUCACCACCAUCUUUCUUCUCUUCCUAAUUCUCCUCACCGUUCCUUCCUUUUCAAGAGGGGGAUCGGAGAUGGAGGUGGAGGUGUAUCAGAUUGAUUACAGAGGCCCGGAGACCCACUCAUCAACUCCUCCACCGGGUCACUCUCGAGGAAAGCCUAUGCUUCAUCGGAAAAACAAAUUCAAGGGCUCGAGGGGUACUGGUAAUAUGGGAGAAAAAGCCAAGAAAAUUCAUGGAUAAGAACUUUUUGAAGUGAUUGGUUUUAGUAUUUAUGAAGAUGGAAAAAGUUCAGCUCAUGAUCUUAUAGAUAUUAAGAGUACAUUAAGAAGGGAGAAUGUAAUAUAGGGCACUGUUCUAUUGUGCUUAAUUUACCUCUAUAUAUGUAGUAAUUUGUUUAAGACAAGUGCUAUUUGUCAUUUUCUUUUACUUCUUCCAUCUUUCUUCUUUAAAAAAUUAAUUAUUAGAUUUGGGACUCACAUGAACAAAGGUGUGAAAUUGAAGUGGGUUUUACAAAUUCAAUAACUAGUUUUAGAACGAGAAGGUUGGGAGAAGAAUAAGAAAAUGACGCUUAGACUUUGAGGGUUGUGGUUGUGUGAUCUUUGUUCGGAGAUUGAUAAUUGUAACUAUUAUUUAUUUAAUAGUUC